AUGUCGUAUUCUGUUGUUCAUUUCUUUUUGGACGAUAGUGUGGAAGCUGUUCCCAGUUUUUGGUUUAAAGGCAAAACAUGUGCUUGGCCAAAAAAUAAUAUAUAUGCUAAGAAAUAUAUUGAAACCAAACGUGCGCCUAAUGAUACUGAUUUUAUAUUUUUAAAAGCUCGAGAACUUUGUAAAGGCUUAACGUCCCUGAAUGGAGCUAAAGACAAAGCCAAUAUUGGCAGGUAUAAAUCAGAUUUCACUGAUGAUGAAGUAUAUUUAAAUCAACAAAGCAAUGAACCGAAUUCACCAGGAUCUGUUUCAUCAAUGCCAAUAUUUUCUAGCCCUGAAAUGGACAAAGGUUUAGAACCUCCUUCAUCUAAAAAUUGUGAAUCUGCUCCAAAUAUAAAACAUAAUAAACUUCAGUCUGGCUGGUCUCCAUCACCAAAGAAAUUAAAAUCACUAAAAAGUGGUAAUGCAGGUAACUCAUUACUAUUGGCAAGUACGUCUAAUGUUCAAAAAGGAAUAAUUCAAUAUUUCUAA